AGCUUGUGUUGCAGCUCUUUGUGUGCAGCAGCAGGUUGCAUUUCAGCACAGCCAGCCCUCUGCUACACAGCGCCCCCUCUGGCCAGCCGCUGCACCGCGAGGAGAAGCUGUGAGCCCGGUGAGCGACUGCUGCUGAAGACACAACACUGCUGUCUGCACUCAGCCUGACCUGCGACUGGCAAUGGACUACACGAACAACUCCUCCAACAGCUACAGCUCCGGAGACACCAUGAGCUCCUCCUUAGCCAACAUGACCAUCAACGACCAGCACCCCCAGGAGAACGGGAUCAUGAAAGAGCCUGAAGCAGCUGUCAGUGAAAACGGGCCUAAACCUGUGUCUGAGCUCUGUGACGAAAAGGUGCUCCCUGUGGAGACGUCUGAGAAGGCCGGUGUUGAAGCAGCAGUGCCUGAGCUCUCAGAAACACAGAGCACUUCAUGUGGAGACGAGGGGCAGCUUGCAGCGGCAGGAGGAGCAGCUUCAACAGCUCAAGCAAAGACGGAUAACGGCUCUGCAGAUAAGACCCCAACUGCCAUCAAACCAACCUCUUCCCCUAAAAGACCAUCCCCAGUCACCAGGGGCACCAAAACAAACUCUCCCUCCGGAAACGGCCCCAGCUCCAUCCCCAUUAAAACCAGCAGCCCGGGGCCCCGGCAGGCCGGAGGUCCCGGUCUUGCUAAGUCUCAAACCCAAGGAGUCAAGACAUCAGCUCAAGCAGCUAGUGCCAAGAAACCUCCCACUCCAAAAAAUCAAAAAGAUGGGAGUGGACACAGCAGCCCCGGCACUAACUCUCCCAAUAGCCAAGCACUUUCUGCCAAGGCUGCGGCGGAGGCCAACAAAGUGAAGAAAGUGGCCGUGGUGCGUUCUACGCCCAAAUCCCCGGGCUCGCUGAAGACCCGCCCCCCCGCCCCUCUGGCUGCAGCGGCGCCGAUGCCCGACCUGAAGAACGUCAGGUCCAAGAUCGGCUCUACAGACAACCUGAAGCACCAGCCUGGUGGGGGAAAGGUACAAAUCCUUGAACAGAAGUUGGAUUUUAGUAAUGUCCAGUCUAAGUGUGGCUCCAAAGGCAAUAUGAAACAUGUACCCGGUGGCGGCAAUGUCCAGAUCCUUGACAAGAAGCUGGAGUUACCCAAUGUUUCAUCUCGUUGUGGAUCUAAGGACAACAUAAAGCACACCCCUGGAGGAGGCAAGGUUCAAAUUCUUGAAAAGAAGCUGGACUUAAGCAGUGUGCAGUCCCGGUGCGGCUCCAAAGAUAAUAUAAAACAUGUAGCGGGCGGUGGCAAUGUUCAAAUUCUUGAAAAGAAGCUGGACUUAAGCAGUGUGCAGUCCCGGUGCGGCUCCAAAGAUAAUAUAAAACAUGUAGCGGGCGGUGGCAAUGUUCAGAUUGUGCACAAAAAGAUCGAUCUGACCAACGUUCAGUCGAAAUGUGGAUCCAAAUCCAACCUCCAUCAUAAGCCAGGUGGUGGGAACAUUGAGAUCAAGCAUGAGAAGCUGGAGUUCAAAGUUCAGUCUAAGGUCGGCUCUCUCGAUAACAUCGGCCACGUCCCUGGAGGCGGAGGGAGAAGGAGGGAGAAAGGGAAGGAAGCAGAGAGGAGUUCCUCAGGCAGCCCCUCAAUCCCCUCCCCAGCUGUCACCCCCCCUCAGUCACCUCAGACUGUCCCUUCAACACCCAUCACACCCAUCCUGACGAACCCCCUCAUAAAGAUUGAGGACUCCCAUUGAGAGCCACAAGCUGAGCUUCCGUGAGUCCGCCAAGGCGCGCACCGACCACGGCGCUGAGAUCGUCUCUCUGGAAGACUCCCCCCACCAGCUCAGCACCGUGUCCUCCUCCGGCAGCCUCAACAUGGCCGACUCCCCGCAGCUCUCCACGCUGGCUGACCAGGUGUCCGCCUCCCUGGCCAAACAAGGCUUGUGAACGCCCCCCCCCCCACUUCCCUACACUUGGCUCCACCUCGACCACACGACCACGUAGAGGAGUUGUGAUGCCCUCCUCAUUAUUAUCACUGGACUUUUUUAGCUACCCAUCACUGUUUAUCCUUCACUAAACUGGCAUUACGUAGAGAGAGAGAAACAUGAUUAACAAUAUGUAUUUAAUUUCUCUCUGUGGUCUCUUCAUUUGCUAUUUCUACCUUUUGUAAGUCUCCCUUUAAGAGUUAAAGCACCCCAGCAGAGCAAAAUUCCCCCUGUGAAUCCACAGAUCUCCAUACAUAUCCUGGUAAUCAUGUAACACUUGGUUUCCUGUCACAUGACUGUGGGCCCUUUGGAGAGGUGUGUCUCUAACGUCCCCUUUUAGGGUGUCCCCUGACAUUUCCUUUGGUACUGCUGGGGUCCGGUUUGUGCUAACGCAGAAGGAGCAGUUAACAGGGUACGGUGAAGGGUGUCGGAGGAAAACUGCUCAAAAGAAAAGUAGCAAUUUAAUUGUGCAAGGCAGAAAAAAGGCUUUCAGACCUCAGUGCUGUAUUUUGCUUUGUGUAGUCCCGACAUGACGGGGGUGUAACCUGGAUUAAAAAAAAAAGAAAAAACAGAACUGCUAGCGUAGAAACUUUGGUUUGUGUUGGGCACAGUUUUAUAAUCGUUCUCUGUGGAUAUAUGACAUGUAUUUGAUAUGAAGAAACAUUUGUAUCGUGCCUGCUACUGUCAGUGUUAUUUUAUUUUUUGUUAUUGCUCUAUCGGAAAUGCGCUUGAGAAGAAAUUAACUUUAAGGCAUUUAAACUGUAUCUCUCAUGGCCAAAUUAUAAAGAGUAGAGACUCGAGCUAGUCAUUGAUAACAGCAUUUAAACGGCUUUAUGCACAUUAAAGGUAGGUACAAUAAUCACCUCAAUUACUGGAAGUUAUUCUUAAAGCGAGACGAUAUGAUCCGAUAAUGCUAAGCUAAUAGUGUUAAGGAGCUAGGUAUGAAUUUGACUGAGGUUGUAGCUCCUCUUAAAUGUUAUAUAGUCUCACUUUAAAAGUUGAAAAAGUAGUAUUUGAGAAUGUUCUCAACCAUAAUGAAUAUUGCUAAGCAGGUAGGCGGAUGUUAAUGGAUGAUGAAGAUGGAUGACGAUAGGUUGACUGGGCCAUGUUAGGUUGAGGGAAAACAGUACAGCAGUUCAUCUGCGUCUCUGGACGGUUCAACGUGACACCAAGUUAGCUGGUUGCUUUUGAUGAUAAAAUACUCUUGGGUAAAAAAAACACAACAUAACAUGGCCAAAAGUAUGUGGACACCCGCACACCAUGCAAAUUAAUUUAUCUGAACCCUUUUCAGAGACCUGAAGUGGUCUAAAAAACUAUUCUCGCUUGUUACACUCCGUAGUUUGACUGUGGUCCUUCUGACUGACAUAAUUCGUAAUUUGAAAUAUUAUAUGAUAAUUCCCAGGCUCAAAAUCCUGGUAAUAAUCCCAUGGCCCAUUUAAGAUUAUCUUGCGGCCCUGAAUGGGGUCUCGACCCUUAGGUUGGAAACCACAGUGAAAAACAGCCUGCUGGAAAGCCUGAAGAUUUCAGGUCCAGCAAACGUCACAAAAGAAUACUUGUGUAAAGUCUGCAGGGUUGUCCACAUUGUGUUGGCCCCCCAUGGAGAGACAGAUCCACAGAUCAGAGUAAUAUGAGUAUUUAGUGUUUUGUAAAGAAGCAACCAGCUGUUUUCCUCAAUUUGUAACGAGAACCAUGUUCCUUAAAAAUAUAACACUCCGUUCAUGUGCUCAAACACGUCCUAAUGUUGAUGGAUAUUCCCAGUGACUCAUCACUAUUACUCGCAUUAAUAUGAAGUGAACAACUUCUUGCAUGCACCUCCUGUAGGAGUCUGCCUGUUGCCUCCCCCCUCACAAAGUGGUCUCUUUGUUCUUCCUGUUUAAUGAACAUAUUAUGGAUAUGGAAAGACCUACUGAUCUAAAAAAAAAAAAAAAAGUGGUUUUAAAGAGUCCUAACAGUCCCAGCUGUGUGUAUUUAACAUGUUGCCAACAUAGAUUUAAAGGUGUUUUAUCUCUAUGAUCGCAAAGGUGGGACCUGAGAGUGCUUGCACCUUUCUCUGCAUGCUGAGUUCUCAGACCACAUGGUCGGUGUGCAGGAGGAGAGGAGAGGCGUGCAGUAACAUGCUUUUGGUGGGUCGGUUUUUCUGCAGUAACAAAACUCAUCACCCCUUUUUUCGUUUGGUUGCUUCUGACGCUGUACAGUUGUGGAAAUGUGAUUGUUCUCGUUAUUGUGCAUUUGAUCAAUAACUGGUUUAUGAUGAUUCUUGUUGCUGUAUAUGUGUAUUUGAAAAUAAAUGCUAUGAAGUCAC